AUGCGCGCCAAUUACUUGAUCGUUUUAUUGUUGUGCUUUUCUGCGCUAAUGUUCAUGAUGAUGUUGGAAGGCUCGGAAGGAAAGGCUCCUCCAACAUCUAAUUUAUUUGUGGAUUUGUUGAGAGGAAAGAAGAUAGCUGGAAGGAGGAGACUUGCUCCAGCACCUCUUCCAAUGAAGAUUUCGCCUGAAGAUUAUGUCAAGGUUGAUAUGGAUAAUAAUCCAUUUGAAUUUAGUGGUUUUAUUGAAGUAAAUUCGACAUACAAGGGACAAAUGUAUUAUGUUUUUAGUGAAGCUUUGAGUGGAAAGGCUGAUAGUCCAAUUAUUAUUUGGUUCCAAGGAGGACCUGGUGCCGGAAGUGAAUUUGGAUUGUUUGUUGAAAAUGGACCAUAUCUUGUAGAUCCAAAAACUUUGAAACUUGUCAAGAAUCCAACAACUUGGAAUUAUGAUUAUCACAUGAUUUGGCUUGAUAAUCCAUUGGGAAGCGGUUUCUCACAUGUUCAAUCUCCAGGUUAUGUUCACAGUGAAGAUAGAGUUGCUAGUGAGGUGCAUAUCUUUUUGGAAAAAUUCUUCCAAUUGGACUUUGCUAGAAAAUAUAGAGGUAAUGAAUUGUACUUGUUUGGUGAAAGUUAUGCUGGAAAAUAUAUUCCAUCUAUUGCUUACAAUAUUAUGAAUUCUGGUUUCCCAUUCAAUUUGGCCGGUAUUGGUAUUGGUGAUGGUUUAACUGAUCCAGAAAUUCAAUUUGCCAGUUAUGAUACUUAUUCUUUUGCCACUGGUUUGAUUGAUGGACCUCAAAGAGCAGUUGUUAAGAAUUAUCAAGAUCAAAUUGUUAAACUUAUCAAGGAAAAGAGAUUUGUCGAUGUUAUGAAUGUUAACAAUAAUCUCACAGACUUUGUAAUUAAUCAAUGUGCUGGUGGUGUCAAUGUUUACGAUAUUAGAAGUUAUGGAGAUCCAGACAUUUCUGCCUACGUCCAAUAUGUAAACUUGCCAGAAACCAAAAAGCUCAUGCACACAGAAGGUGUCAAAUAUUACGAUGAAAACAAUGAUGUUUGGAAUAAUCUCUUGGCUGAUAUUGCCAAGUCUGUCAAAUAUAAGGUUGAAGCUUUACUUGAUAGCCCAGAAAGAAAGGUGCGUGUAUUGUUAUAUAAUGGUCAGUACGAUUGGAUAGUUAAUUCCGUUGGAGCUACCAAUUGGAUUCAAUCAAUGAACUGGCAUGGAGCUAGUUCUUUCAAUCAAGAUUUGGGUCUUGGUAGAAAGCCAUGGAAGGUUGACGGUCAAAUUGUUGGUUACUCUCAUCAAUAUGAUAAUUUGGUAACUAUUUUGGUCAACAAAGCCGGACAUAUGUCUCCAAUGAAUCAAGGAAAGAAUGUGUUGGAAAUGGUUAGAACUUUUACUCAAAACAAAAACUUUUAA